AGUCACUUGAUGCUCUGUGGCAAGAAAGUUCAUGGGAUUCUACCUGGGAUUCAUGGUGGCAUUACAAAGAAGGUGUAAUAGGAGGUCCAAGUAACUGGGGGCAGACGGCGCUCAUGGCUAUUACCAGUGACAUUUGGUCAGUUUGCUAUCAAGGAAAAAUGCAAUCACCAAUCAAUAUAUCUACAAAGCAUUUAGUAUUUGAUACUAAUUUGGAACCUAUAAAAAUACUAGGCUUAGAUAAACAGAUUGACGUGGAGAUAGUGAAUACUGGACAAGAUUUACAAAUGAAAUUUCUUGAUUCAACAACAAUAAUUAUAUUCAGUGAAGGACCAUUGGUAUAUGACUACAAGCUGUUUGGUGCUAUUAUAAAAUUUGGUUCAAGAUCAAGCCGUGGUUCAGAUCAUCAAAUUGACGGUAUUGCGUUUCCGGCGGAGCUACAAUUAUAUGCAUUCAAUUACAUUUUAUAUCCAAAUUUUUCUGUUGCACUAUCUAAACCGAAUGGUUUGGCUGUAUUAUCUAUCUUAUGUCAAGUCGGUGUUCAGUCGUCAGCUGAUUUGGAAGCUAUAUUUUCUAUAGCAGAUCAUGUGCAAUUGAAAGGGCAGUUUAAAAAGCUUCACGGUUUGUUGUUAGAAGGUAUAAUACCAUCAACUGUGCACUAUAUGACAUAUCAAGGUUCUUUACCUUUUCCUGCUUGUUAUGAAACAGUCACUUGGAUUAUACUCAAUCAACCAGUUAUAAUCACAGAAACACAGUUAAAAUCUCUUCGUCAACUUCGAAUUUCUUCAUUUCGGGAAUCUGGUAGAAUGGCUGAUAAUUAUCGAACAAUUCAGAAACUUAAUAACCGCUCAGUAAGAACAAAUAUCGACUUUAUACAGACUGAUAUUGUACCAGCAAAUUCACUGAGUUCUUAUUCGGCAAACACAAGUCCACUCUGUUAUGUUGUUAUAUAAAUCGGAAUUAGAUUAAGCAUUCUAUAUGCUCAAAUCAACCAUACUGCUCAAUGCAAUCUAGACGAUCUUACAUUGUAUCAAAGAAAACUCUUGAAAACUAAAGAUUCUGGUCAGUAUAUUAUGAUUUUAUUGAAUGAGGAUACAUGAAUUCAAAAGGUUUCAUACAGAGAGAUAUUAUUUUAUACGAAACCAAUUAUCUAAGUUGUUCUACUUCUUAAAAGACAAUUUUCUGAAAUGAAUGAUGAAAAAAAACUCGAAGGAAUAAUCUGAAUUAUUUAUUCAAAACAAAUAAUAUAAAAUCUGAUUCAGAUCAUUACACUUUAGUAGUAAAUUAGUUGCUGUACUCAGGAAAGAAAAGACUGAUUCUUGUUUUUAUUAUCUUUUAUCAUCUACCUCAUAUUACUAGUAAAGUAUUCAGAUUGUUAGUGAAUGAAUAAAAAUAAUAAGUAAGUUUGUAUACCUCGACAAUACAUAACCUAAUUUAUUGUCAAUACUUUUUAUGAACUUUUAUUAACUCUUAUUCCAUAUUUUGUUCGUUUGACUUACUGUGUAAAACAAAAGACAACAAAUAAUUGUGAUAAAAUAAAAUAUUUCAUGGGUGUUGUAUAAAACUUUGAUUUGAAUUCAUUCAAGUUAUUCGAUCAACAGGAGAACAAGUAUGGUUAUUGUUACCUUUUUUUAUUUUAAUUUACUUAAUAUUAAUGAUAUGUAGCUAUGAAUGAAACUAAACAAAACAAUGGGAUGUUUUAAAAUAUACUUUCAUUACAUUGAAAAAAAGGUGUUUAAUCAUAGAAAAUAACACUUUCUUUAACAUUAAUCAAGUUACCUUUGUUAUAGUAAUUUGUGAAUAUCACUAUCAUAGUCUAUUUGAAUGAAUGCAUUUUAAAAGACAAUUUAUAUAUACAGAAACUUUAUAUGAUUGGUAAUUGUAUUAAUAAAUUCUUAACAAAAUACUUAUUGUUAUGCAUAAUCAUUUACAAAAUGAUUUCAAUUUGGUCAACAACAAAAAACAAACAAACAAACUCUGUAUUUG